CCCAGGCCCUUUUAUUUAUCGCCUGCGGCGCUGUCCUUCCAAAACAGACAAGAUGGCGGCGCUUCGGGCAAGCGGAGCGAGGACUGUGGCUGCCGCCCUCCUGAGACCUGGGCUGGGCCUAGAGCAGGCUAACCUCGCGGUGGGGUACCACAAGAAGGUUGUAGAUCACUAUGAGAACCCAAGAAAUGUCGGCUCCUUGGACAAAAGCGCAAAAAAUGUUGGGACCGGCCUUGUGGGAGCCCCAGCUUGUGGAGACGUCAUGAAGCUCCAAGUGGAAGUGGAUGAAGAAGGAAAAAUCACCGAUGCCAGGUUUAAGACAUUUGGCUGUGGUUCGGCAAUUGCUUCAAGUUCCUUGGCUACUGAGUGGGUGAAGGGAAAGACGGUUGAUGAAGCCUUGAAGAUCAAGAACACGGACAUUGCUAAAGAGCUCUCCCUUCCUCCAGUCAAACUGCACUGCUCCAUGUUGGCAGAAGACGCCAUCAAGGCCGCCUUGGCAGAUUAUAAGCUGAAACAGGGGCCACAGAGCAGCGAGUUGGGCAAGAACGCAUCCACGGCAUAGAAGAAGGUCCUUUGUGUCCAAGCCUGCCCUCUCCUCCCUCUUUUGUUCCAAUUGUACGUUGCAGUUGGAGGCCAGGCAUCACUUUAGUGCAUCUUGGAAGCACGCGCCUGUCAUACGCACAACCUCGGGCCGUAUAUCUAACAGUGCCAGGGCAGGCUCCGACCCCCCCUCCCCCACGAAUGUCACCACCUUGUCCUUUAGCACUAGCUGCCCUCUGUUCUUCCUCUUCUGCACUUCCGAAGAGAAAAUGCCAAUCCUUAGUUCAGUGUGAGAAUUUCUCUGUCGACCUCAGCAAUGAAUCAUCUCAGGCCUUCGGUGUUGGAAUAGAAUGGUUCCGUCUGCUGGGGGAGGGCUCUUAGUAACUAAGCAACUGCUUUGGAGGGAAACUGUCACCCCCCCCUGGGUGUCAGCGUUGCCUUUUUAGGAUGCAAGCAGAAGCCCCGCUACCACUUGAGAGAAUAUCUCUUGGCACAUGAGAGCACUUGUGGAUCUGCAGCACUUUCGUGUCUCCCUCCCUGCAGGGGAGUGUGCUGUGGGCCUACACUACACACAGUUCCCAGAUAAGCAGUCACCCAGACCGGUUGACUUGUCUCUCUGGCUGGGGGCAAGCCCAGGACUGUGUUCUGGCUACCACAAGCACCUUUCUCCUUGCCUAGCCGCAGAGAAGGAGCUUACGCAAAGUAGCAGGUGCAGGUAGCCUUAUUUUCAUGUUUGGGUUUUAAGGAAAGUGUGUUCUUGCUUCUGUGUAAAUGUUUAUGGUACACAUUACAGAUUUAUGUACAGCAGAUGCUCUAUAAAUAAUUACUGAAACACUC